AUGGAUUACAUUAAAGCUGAGGUUAUAGGCAAGUAUAAUGACCUUAAAGAUACCCUUAAGCAAUGGCGAAGACUUGUUGAACAAACUUUAGUCUUAUCUUGUGUAAUUUUAACUGCUUUAAUGGUAUGGAAAUUUGCAAUAUAUGCCACGGGGACUGAUUCACCAGUAGUUGUAGUUCUUAGUGGUAGCAUGGAGCCCGGGUUUGUUCGUGGAGAUUUGCUUUUUCUUAAGAAAAACAACACUAUCAAUGCGGGAGAUAUUAUUGUGUUCAAGAUUGAUCAAAGGGAAAUUCCCAUUGUACAUCGUGCGAUGAAUGUACAUAAAGAUAUCAAUGGACUCUACUCAAUAUUGACCAAGGGAGAUAAUAACAAUGUUGAUGAUCGUAGUUUGUAUAGGAAUAGACAAAGAUGGUUAAAGUGUUCUCAUGUUUUGGGAACUACCUUAUACAAAUUGCCAAAAUUGGGAAUGUUGACUAUUCUUCUAAAUUCAAAUCCGAAAAUUAAACUUAUAGCCAUAUGCCUAAUCAUCUUUGCCAUCGCAUCAACGAGCUAG